CGUAUAUCGCGUACGCGUGUCUGUUGCGGAGCGGGUAGCGGAGAUGGGCGCGUCAAUUUUAUCCGUAUUUUUACUAGCGCUACUCCUCUCGGAUUCCAUCAUCUGCGGCCGCGCCCCGCAAACGGAGCAUGCAGAGAACGUCGAUCCCGCCGCAGCAUCGUCCAACCACGGAAGAACUUUCCUGAACUUUGACAGUUCCCCGGCCCAGACGCACCUCGAAUUCAACGGCGGCUUUUCCUCGAACUUGCACAGGGAUGAUGGCCACGGCGGUAACUCCGGCGUCUUCCCCCAUCCUAGGCCGGGUGACACGGGUUCGGUGCUGGGCGAUUACGACUACGCGACGUACGACCAAAGCAAUUACCCCCAGUGGCACAAGGUUCAUCUUACUUCCUCCGAACACGACGGGAACGCAGCGCAACCUUUCUGGUCCGCUUUGGGCCAGCAGCAACCAAUGGCGACGCACCUGCCUCAUGUAGUUAACCCAACGGUCGCCAAUAGACAGACUAUUGACCUCUCAGAGUUCCACCCCACCCACCCAUUUUUCGGGAGUAUGUUCACGAAGGGUUCGCCGAACGCUGGGGCUCGUGGUACCACGCCGCCGGUAGCGACCGAAAAUCGUCCUGGCUCUAGGGUCGACACGACUUCUAAGACCCCCACAUCUGGAGAAGCUGAGCGGACAACUGUGCCGACGUCCGUCGAGCCGGGAGUUCACGGGAACCGUGAUAACAAGGCAUUGCAGAACGGCGCUCCUCUCGCAACCUCGUCUCGAGUACUGCAAACCGUCGGCAUCGCUACGGCUUCAACCACCCGAUCACCACCGACGCUCGGUAAGAUCGCUGAAGCAUCCACACCAGGAGUUCGUCCUGGGCUGGCUGAGUCAACUCUCCGGACGACCACGAGCCCAAUAGGCGCUACUACUACUCGACACGCUGCAGAGCCUCGCACAGAAACAGACAUCACUAAGGGAAGUGUGACGUCCGCUGCAGUAAGUGCGACAAGCGGUACCACAUCAUCUUCGACUGGCGCGGCUCCCGCAGCCACGGACAUAGUUCUACGCCAGGCGGUCGCAGAAACCGUCGUUCCGCCUCCGGAGCAUUCCGGUGCUGUCGUGAAUCUUUCCACACCACCAGCUGGAGCCAACCAAGUCAUCGAGACCACUACUGGCCACUCGUUCGCCAACGUUGCAACCGGUAGUCCUCCAGUCCACCUGCAGACGACCACCAGCGUAACUGAGACCACAGCUACGCGACCAGUAAGGACCACGCCUUCGGACAAAGCGUCGCCGAAGACUGACUCUUCUACACUUCCUGGGAUCACGAUGCAGCCGUCUAAGCUUACAACUUCCCCGGUUGAAGUAGUCCCCCGAAACGUGUCUCAAGACAUCACGACUACGCAGGGCACCACGACUUUGCCCGCUGUCCCGAAAGUCGCCGGGUUGUCUGGUCGUCUCGAGACUACCACCAACUCUCCGCCUACCACGAGCACUCUCAUCGACGGCGUAUCGAAGAAUCGCACCACUGAGGCUUCUACCCGAGCACCGGUAGAUGAAAAGAACUCUAUUCCACCCAGAGUGGACGUCGAGUCUUCGACGGUAGGCACGACUUCGCCAGCGGUCACUGCCGGUGUGCGUCGACUGCACACUAGUGCAAGCCCCACCACACCCCCGCCAGAGAUAACUCUGCCAACUACCACAGUAGUACAGGGAGCGGAAGAAACUCCAGCGAAAAACGCCGCGCUCCAACAAACCCUUCCGCCUCCACGACCUGCUAGUCCGGUGACUACCACUAGGCCCCCGGUCACGCCCGACGCCUACUUCAGCCCGAUCACGCAGCAUGGUCCUCACGAGUUCGUGCCUCAACGCCACAGGGACGUGGAGGAUUACUACUACCACCGCUACCAAAAAGGCUUUAUGGAGGAUGACGACCUUCGCCAGGGCCAGUGCGGCAGGUGCCAGCGCAGGCUUCACUACUGCGUGCAGAAGUGCUUCACGCACCACAGCUGCGAGGCAGAGGCAAAUCCAGAGCUCACGUGCCCCCGCAUCAACGCCCCCUGCCUGCCUCCUUACAAGCACGAGGUUGACCAGUGUCGUCACAGCAACGAGUGCGAGAGCGCCAACCACCUGUGCUGCCUGGUCGGCUGCGCGCGUCGCUGCGUCCACGGUGUGCCCAUCCAGAAGCAGCACUAGACGGUACUGCUUUGCAGUUCUUCUGCUACGGUCGCCAACCUUCAACCGCCCGCGUUCGAGUUUACGCGCACCCACUGCGCCAACUCUGUGAUCUUAAAUUGUGACGGCUAACGUACUUUCAUGUGCUUGAUAUAAAACGGUCGCACGUCGGUGUUUUACUCGUUUUUUUUUUUCAAAGAAUAAAGUUUUAUCCGCGCUUUAA